AUGGGCGAUAUACUCAACAUUAACACAUACUCGAUCGCCUGGGUUACCGUUCUUCUAGUCGAGGCAGGCUGUGCAUUGGGCAUGCUGGACAACCGACAAGAAAUGAAAUCAGCCCCAAGAGCUGUCGGGCUUGAGGCUUCAGCUUCUCAAAUGCCCAAACAGUGGAGCAAGAGUGACGAUAUCUCUCAACAUUCUACACCUCCGCUUGUCAUUAACAUCAUCGGCAUCAUGCCCAGGACGGUUUGCCGGAUUAGCUGGCGAAAGGGAGAACCCCUCGGCCUGGCUAUCCACCCAAGCUUAACAUUUCUCGAUCUUCCACGCGAGGUCCGCAACCAAAUCUACUACGAUACCCUUGUUGCAUCGCGGCCAAUUACAGUUUCUUCUGUGACCAUUGACGAUCCCGGCCGCGUGCAGUAUACCACGGAGACCAAGCAGAAGAUCGUAUCUCAGAAAUAUACAAUAGAGGGCAGAGAUCCAAUUCUCGAUGAGAUAACUCUCAGUCUUCUUCGGUGCCAGUCACCACUAGUCUCUUCCGAAGCUACCGUUACCUUCUACGAAAUGAACACCUUCCAUUUUGACGGAAACGAGGUUUGGAAUCCACUUUACACGUUUUUAAAGGAUAUCGGAGACUAUAACCGAGAUUGUCUACGGAAGGUGUCUGUGGCAAUUGCCGAUCAUUACAAGAAAGUUUAUCAAGACCGAUAUGGAGUGCGUAUAAGCACACACCGCAGCUGGGUAACCGCGUUAAAUCCUGUUCACACCUCUGCUUAUCCUCCACUAUCCCAGCCAUCCUCACUGGUCCCACGCGCUCGACCUACGCUUCCUCCUGGCCAUACUCCGCCUAUCCCGGAUCUCCCAUUUGCUCGUCUUAUACCGCGGACCGAAUUUCUUUCUCGUCCACUUCAAUAUUUCGAUCCUGCUAUGCAAGCUUGUUUCCGUCUUCUUGGUUUAGGUGUAUCUCGAUUAACUCUAGAGCUAAUUCUACAGGCUGGGGUUCCAGGUGUGGAUGUUAAGCUUGGUAUAUCCGUACCCUCUAUGGCACUACCAAACUAUACAGAGGGACUACGACAAGAGUUUUCAGGGGGCGUAAUGGUGCUCUGGAACUGUGCUGGACGUAGGGAUGCUGUGAUUGAGCAGAUCGACUCUAUACAAGGGAAGGGGUGGGAAAUAGUCGAGACAAAGGACGGAGUAACUCACGUCGAUAUAGGAACUCCCUCGCUUUUAUCAAUCCUUGCCACGCAUUUAGUAUUGCGUCGGAGAGAAGUAGAUCGGAUACCACCACCAUUCUGCGAAACGUGUCAUAUGCGAUGGCCGUCAAAUUCAAUAUAG